AUGGCUUGUCGCUGCAGAUAUCUUAAGCAGAUCUUCACUAAGUGCUGCUACUGCUAUUCCCUGCGCUUCGGCGUGCUGCUCUUCGGAUGCAUUUUUCUGACCUGGUUCAUCUACAUCACCCUCGGCACCGCCUUUAUGAUGGAGUGCAUCUUUCCGGACGAGUACCAGAAGUCCCUCAUCCCAGCACAAGCGGCCCUCAAGGCCACCAUGGUCUUCUCCUUCUUCGGCAUCAUAGUUUCGGCGAUGCUCUGCAUUGGAGUGCAUAAUAACAACGAGAUGCUGUUUCUCCCAUUUUUGGGUUUCGCACCCAUUUGGAUAAUUGUGCACAUUUUUGCCCUGACCGUUUACUGCUUUAAUACCGUCAUUAUCGUCCUGACUGUCAUCACAAUGAUUAUUUUACUGUAUGCCUGGCUUGUGGUUUGGUCCUACUACAUAGAACUGCUCUUCGCCUACGAGGAUGAGUUGGAAACCGGUUAUGUGUAGUACCCGUGUUUUUGAGUGUGAAGUAUUUGCUUUCGUCUAUAAUAUUUACAAAUUUUAGAAUGUUGA